AAUAACCAUUUGUCAAAACGAAACAAACAAGCGAACCCUCGUCGUGUCGUCCCCUUCCUUUUCAUUUCAUUUUCCUGCGAAAACAAAAUUAUAAAAGAAAAAGAAAGAUUUCACAAACAAACCCUAAUUUGCAAUACAUAAAACAUUGAAACAGCGAAGAUAAACAAAAUAGAAAACAGAAAAGUGUAGAAACUAUUGAAUCGGAGAGAAUAUCAAUAAAUCGAUGCAGUAAUGGGAGCAGCAGGCUCUAAACUCGAGAAAGCUCUGGGCGACCAGUUUCCUGAAGGCGAACGAUACUUUGGCCUCGAGAAUUUUGGAAACACUUGUUACUGUAACAGCGUCUUGCAGGCACUUUAUUUUUGUGUACCUUUUCGAGAACAAUUACUAGAAUAUUAUGCAAAUAAUAAAAGUGGUGGAGAUGCUGAAGAGAACCUUUUGACAUGCUUGGCGGACUUAUUUACACAGAUAAGUUCACAGAAGAAAAAAACAGGUGUAAUUGCUCCAAAGCGUUUUGUACAGAGAUUGAAAAAACAAAAUGAGCUUUUUCGUAGCUAUAUGCACCAGGAUGCUCAUGAAUUUCUGAAUUUCUUACUAAAUGAACUUGUUGACAUACUGGAGAAGGAGGCUCAAGCUGCCAAGAGUGAUCCAGAAACUUCAUCCUCGCCUGAGAAGAUUCCAAAUGGGCCCAAGAAUGGUCAGGCAAAUGGUGUUUCAAAGGAGCCUUUAGUGACCUGGGUGCACAAAAAUUUUCAGGGAAUUCUUACCAAUGAGACACGAUGCCUGCAGUGUGAGACUGUUACAGCAAGAGAUGAAACAUUUUUCGACUUGAGCCUUGAUAUUGAACAGAACAGUUCGAUAACAAGCUGUUUGAAAAAUUUUAGUUCCACAGAGACCUUGAACGCAGAGGAUAAGUUUUUCUGUGACAAGUGCUGCAGUUUGCAAGAAGCCCAGAAGAGGAUGAAGAUAAAGAAACCCCCUCACAUCUUGGUCAUCCAUUUGAAGAGGUUCAAAUACAUUGAGCAGCUGAGCCGGUACAAGAAGCUAUCCUAUCGAGUUGUAUUCCCACUUGAGCUGAAGCUGAGUAACACAGUAGAAGAUUCAGACAUUGAAUACUCAUUAUUUGCAGUAGUUGUUCAUGUUGGAAGCGGGCCCAAUCAUGGACACUAUGUCAGCCUUGUGAAAAGCCAUAAUCACUGGCUGUUUUUUGAUGACGAAAAUGUCGAGAUGAUUGAUGAGUCUGCUGUGCAAACUUUCUUUGGGUCAUCACAGGAAUAUUCGAGUAAUACGGAUCAUGGGUACAUCUUGUUUUACGAGAGCCUUGGUGCUAGUAACAAGAGUUGAAAAAAGAGAGUGUUGGUUUUACAGAUAGGUACUUUAAUCAUUCGGACUGGACUCAUCUUUUCCUUAUUUUCUGUUAUUAUUGUUUUACCUUUUCCCUUUUGACCUUCAACCAGUGGGAAGAGUUCUCAAAUGUCAUAUUUGAGAAUGAUAAUGAUGAGUUGUGAAAAAUGUAUACUUGGGUUGUUUCCCUGUACAGUGGAUGGUGGAAGCACUGCUAUCCUUUUGUUUCUUUCUUCUUCUUUUUCUUUUUCCCCUUUUACUUUCUCAGAAUAAGAGGAAAGAAGAUCAGUGUAUAUGGUGUGAGAAUUUCAGAGACACUUUGUAUUCUUCAUGGUUGAGAAUGUUUAAUCAUUCAUUAAAAUUGCGAUCCAAUGGGAACUUCUCAAAUUGAUAUGCGAA